CUUAAAUUGUCAUGCACGGUGCACCCAGAAGGCCACAAUCCACAUGGUCUAUAAAUAUAAGAAAAUGGCAACCGUGAAUUGCUCAGUAAGUAAAGUUCUCCACUACACACUGCUUGUCAAGUUUGCUCGCAGGCUAAGCUAGGUAACUAACGUACGUGAGAAAUGUCUUCCUCUCAAGUUGUCCAGAACCACCAGGCUGCCUUGGACGAGCUGGUGAAGCAUGCGCAAAGCAAAGCCGUGGCUAGGGAGGUGAACCCACAAGAUCAACUAUUUCUGAUGGGACACUUGAGGAAUAACACCUCAGGUCCCAUGACCGUACAUGCUGAGUAUGUGUGGUCUGGAGAUUUCAUCACGAAAUACCCAGAAAUUCUUGUUAGUGGUGUUAAUGAUCAGUUUGAGCAAGUGUCUAAAAUUGCUGCAAAUGGCAUCAAGACUGCCGUGGUGUAUUCAGGCAGAGUCGUUGAUGGACAAAGUCAGUGUGGAUGGCUCGUUGCUUGGUCCAACCCUGAGGAUAUCCAAGCCAAAAAGGUUUACGUAGAUUGUGGUGCAAUUAGCAAGUUCGACAACAUUGACUGGAAAAAGAUUGAUAUUGAGCUGAGUAACUCUGGUAGUAACGCCAGCCGCAUUGACGCAUUCACUCGCACCGCCGUGCACGCUCGCAUACUCCCUCCGGUUGCGAAAGCUGUCGGUGAUGGUAUUCUGGUCGUGGAGUACCACGGUUGAACAACCAGGCAGCCAUUAUCGAUCUACUCUUAGUAAUGCUAGUUAAGAGGAGUGGAUCAUAUAGAAAGAGUUGCUUUAUGUAACAAAUAUCAUGAGUACUAAUGAGGGGCAAUAAGAACUAAGAACAUUUUCGUGACUUUCUAAUGCCAUGUAUGUUCUUUAGUAGUGUGUAGCUACUAUACUUAUUAUUAAAUAAAAAUGUCUCUUCUAUUUUCUAUAAAAAAAGUGGCUCUUUUAAUAUCUCCAA